CUUUCCUCUCCACAUGCAGCUUAAAGAAGACACACAAAUGGGCUAUUCUGGUUCUUCAGUUUCUUUACCCUUUUCUUUCCUUUGUACUUUAUACGUUCCUCAAAGGGCCAUCCAUCCCCUCCUCUCCUUAUUUGUACAUAGCUUCCUUCUCCCUUCCCCUACACCAUGGCCCCCAUCAGCUCUGCACCAGCUCCCAUUGACCCAAGUGCCAUCUACUCUGCAUCCCUGCUGAGUUUGAUCAUUCUGAUCCUAGACCUCAUCGCUCUCGCUCAGGUCCUCAACUCGGAUAGGACUGUCCUCUCAAAGUUCCUUUGGUGUCUCCUCAUCUUCCUCUUCCCAAUCUUUGGAAUCAUCAUCUAUUUUAUGUUUGCCGACCGUGAGAGGCACCGCCUCCGUUACAUAACCAUCCCAUGAACUAUUUCCACAGCAUAAUUGGUGCAAAUAUACAUUAUAGACGUUCCUGAUGCAAGACAAGCCCAAG